AGCUGGAGACCUGGACGGGUCUACGCAGAGCUUAGCGGUCACUGAAUCUGAUACUGUGGGCAACAGGAAGGGCAAGAACACCUGGUCCUUGUUAAGACUUUUUGACCGGUCGAGCCGCACCAAGUCCGAGUCCCUCUGCGGACUGGAGGAAGUCCUCAGCUGUCUCCAGCCCAGCGAGUUCGAGGACGAGCAGCUGUCGAGGUUCAAGGGGAUGUGUUGGACCGACUUCGUGUCCUUUAUGGAAGGCGGGCCCCAGGGAGGUCCGGACUCCCCGCCCCCGACGGAGUCUCAGGACGCCCCUCUCCUGCAGGAGUCCAGCAUCCCUAGUCCGCCUGUGGUGGCGCUUAACGAUCGGGCGUUGCUGAUCACGCCUUCCAAGCCUGAACCCCGACUUGACCCGGUCGACAGGCGCGAGAAACUUGACCGCCUGUCGGCCCUGUCGUGCCUUGACCGCGAGACGCCGUUACCGAGGAAGCGGCAUCCCAUGACCAUCAUGAGGACGAUGAGUGAACGCUCGCUUGACCGCGGACGCGUCGGACUACUCAAUUUACUCAGCGAGAGAGUUCACGCCGAGCGCUCGACGCCCGUCAAGACGUUGAGCAAGUCGCCCGUGGGCGGCGGGAAUAGCAUCAAGAUGGGCGGCGGGUUGACGGGCGUGGAGAGAGCGCUGGAGAUAGCAAGGGAAAACGUGCGCGCGUCACUCAACAAGACGGAGACCAAGCGACGGGAGGCGGUCUGGGACCUCUUCCAAUCAGAGUGCGCCUUCCUUUACGACCACUUAAUGGUCCUUAAGAACGUAAGUACCGAGCCUCGUUUACUGUCCAUUAACCUGGCACUCCUUCCUUCAGACAGGUGUUCAAGACAAACACUCAAGGUGUUAUGA